ACGAUUGUUGCCGCUGCUUCUUGGUUUUUUUGUGAAUUUUGUUGUGUUGGCUUCAACUGAAUCUGCGGCAGAACAGAACAGAGCACCCUCACCUCACUUCCCUUUGACCAUUCAACCUUUUCCUUUGCUUCGAUUUCGUAAGUCCCGUCUUUUACAUUUUCCCGCAUCUAUUGUUCCAAACUCUUCUUCGAUUCCAGCGUGACCGAGAUGACGGGGGGUGUUUUUCAGCUACUGAGGAGGAAACUCCAUCCUCAAUUUACUAACUCUUCCGUGUUGUCACCCAUUAUAGCAAAGAAAGAUGGUGCUGGCUCUACUGGCAGUAGGUCCUUGAAAGUACUUGCAUUAAUUGGAGCUGGUGUGUCAGGCUUUUUCAGUUUUUCUACAGUGGCAGUAGCUGAUGAAGCUGAGCAUGGCCUGGCAUGUCCUAGCUAUCCAUGGCCUCACAAGGGAAUUCUUAGUUCAUAUGACCAUGCUUCGAUCCGUCGUGGUCAUCAAGUUUAUACAGAAGUCUGUGCUUCCUGCCAUUCUAUGUCUUUGAUAUCAUACCGUGAUUUGGUUGGUGUUGCUUAUACAGAAGAAGAGGUAAAGGCUAUGGCAGCUGAGAUUGAAGUGGUUGAUGGCCCAAAUGAUGAGGGUGAGAUGUUUACACGCCCUGGUAAACUUAGUGAUCGUUUUCCUCAGCCAUACGCUAAUGAAGCAGCUGCUAGGUUUGCUAAUGGAGGAGCUUAUCCUCCUGAUCUAAGCCUUAUUACCAAAGCCCGCCACAAUGGUCAGAACUAUGUUUUUUCCCUUCUAACUGGUUAUCGUGACCCUCCAGCUGGUGUCUCGAUAAGGGAAGGACUUCAUUAUAAUCCUUACUUUCCUGGUGGAGCAAUUGCCAUGCCUAAAAUGCUUAAUGAUGGUGCUGUGGAAUAUGAAGAUGGUACCCCUGCUACAGAAGCUCAGAUGGGGAAAGAUGUUGUGUCAUUCCUAAGUUGGGCUGCCGAACCCGAGAUGGAAGAGAGGAAACUGAUGGGAUUUAAAUGGAUAUUUGUACUGUCUCUGGCACUACUUCAGGCUGCCUAUUACCGUCGCUUGAGGUGGUCAGUUCUAAAGUCUCGCAAGCUGGUUCUUGAUGUUGUCAACUAGCUGCCCCAUGUUUGAUUUUCUCUUAAGCAAAAUAUACUGUUGGCAAUAAUUUGUCAGACAGAUGAUUAAGGUUUUUCCUCAUUUCAAAUUCGUUCAGCUAAGUUAAUGGUUUAGUGUAACGACAACCGGAACUGUUGUAAUUUUGUUUGAGAUAAAAGUGUUCCAUGCACGAGAUGCGUUUACCUUUUCUCAUCCAUCUCGGACCCGUGUAUUGUUUCAUUUUACGAGAGAUCUUUCUAUUUAACUAUUGAAUUUUAUGGAACGAACUUCCCUGACAUUGGGAUUCA